CUGGCAACCGCUUACGUGGCUGCCUGAGGCGUUUAAUGGUCCUGUGUUAGCGUGGUAAAGCUGAGCGAUUCAUGAUGUUUUAACACAUUCCAGUAUAUUUAAAAAAAAAUCCAUAAAGCUUUUCAAGACAAUGUCAGUAAGAUGUUGAACAUUUGUAAACGAAUUAUAUUCAUUAGUAAGAUAAGAGAAAAUAUUAAGUCUUCCACAAUCCUCCCUCCCGUUAGUGGAAGUGUUUCGAACUUCCGAGGGGUCCUGAAUGCAUCCUUUCUCAAGCACAACCGGGUGAAAGGAAAGAGUCACUCGAGAGAGAUACAACUUUUAAUUCACACUUUUUCUGCUGUAUUUCGCGUUAUGAACAUACCCGAGAAGUUGAAGUGUUAUGUUAAUGGAAGCCCCUAAGGAAAACUGCUGAGUUUUUUUUUGGUUUGUUAUCCUGUUCGAAGUCUUGCCUUUUGAAAAAAAGCAAAAUGCCCACCGAGGUGAAGCAGAGAAAGAAAAAGCAAGGUGAUGAUGUUUCUUCAAACUGCAAACAAGAAGAGCCAAAAGUGAAGAAUGACUAUGGAAGCACUGGUAAAACAAUUUUGGACUUUAAAAGCAUCAUGUGCGUUUUGUCGCUGGGAGUGUGUGCAGCACUCAGCUGGGUGGUGAUCCAGCAGAAUGAGAGGUUCUCCCAAAUGGAGGACAAGUUCAGGCUUUUGCAUGGAAAGACGUCAAGUUUGACUCAAAUGGAGGAGCAAGUGGAAAAAAUAAACAAAAAACUUGCCGCCUCUGAGGACGACCUCCAGGAGGCGCUCUCCGUCGUCUCUGUGGCCACGGGACUCCGACAGGAAGUGUCCACGCUCCACGCCGCCGUCGAGGCCAUGCAAGCAGAUGAGACCUCAGCGUCCGGAGACCUCCAGGCGGUCAACACUCGCUUCCUGAACGUGACUGAGACGUGGCAGGCCCGCCUCUCCGCCGCCGCCUCCGAGCUCGCCGCCCUGAAGGCCGAGGCCCGGGAGGCCCACACGGGGGCCACGGAGAAAGUGAACGAAAUGGAGAGGAGGCUCAGGGUUCUCUCGGAGAAGCUAGAGGAGUUGGAGGACAGCACCAGGAGGAACGCCCGAGCGUUGGAGCGCACCGAGACGGACGACACCAAGCGAGCUCAGGACCAACUGGACUGGAACACCAAGCACAUCCACAAGCUGGAGGAGCACGUCAACAGACUGGCCCGUAAGGAGGCGGAGCUUAUCGUGGAGCUGCAGGAGCACAUCCCGCGAGCGCGGGAAUGCGAGGAGCACCUCCCCCACGUGGAGGAAGCGCUGCGCUCCAUCCUGAAACUGGGCGGCGACCUCAGCGGGGCGGAGAAGCGCCUGGAGGAAGUGACGCUGCAGGUGUUUGGGGCCGAGGACAGCAUGUUGAAGACUCUCAACCAAGUCGUGGAGAUGAGGCAGGAAGUGGACGCGCUUCAGGCUCGGAGCAGCAUCCUCAAGAUGAAGAGCGAGCUUUCGGUGGUGCGGGAGGCGGUGCAUGAACUCACCAUGGUGCUGAGGGGGAGUCGGGACACUGACGGAGAUGAGGAUGAUGAAGAGGAGCCGGAUGAGGAGUGGGUUGAAGAUGAUGGCGCCGCCCAGUGAUGGCGUCCAUCAGGGACAAGAAGUUUCACUGUUUUUAAUCAUCCCGGACUUGUGAAGUAUUUUUACAGGAAAUGGCUCUACCUAGUGGACAAGUGGGUGAAUUGCAGCUUUUAGUUCAAGCUUGGUUGUAAACAGGAAAUGACUUCCAACUUAAUAAUUAAUAUUCAUAAAUAAAGUCAACAUAUUUAAAACAAGAAAUAAAAAGUUAGAAAAGCUGCUUCAGGAAAAUAUGUCUCUUAU